UCCCCUCUGCAAACAGUCACAUUCAAGAGCUCAAGCCAAAGAGACACUCGAGCGGACCAGCAACAGCUCAGCCUCAGCAUCAACAGCAGCAUCAGCAUCAGCAGCAGCAGCAGAAAAAGCAGCAAGCAGCAAGGCAGCUGCAACUCCAGCUCCCAGCUCUAGCUUUGGACUUUAGUGGCCAAAAGCCAGCUAGCUAUCCACGUUCGUGCGUCGGUUUUUUGUCUUGUCUGUGGCGGUGCGCGGCAGCUGAAUCGUAACGAAAAUAGAGCCAUAUUUGCCACGUUAUUUAACGGCGGCAACACACAAAUAAAUUAAGGCCAGUGCCCAGUGUUUAAGUGCACAAACAAAGCCCAGAACAACCCACAACUGGCUAGUACUACCAACUAGCAACUACCAACUACCAAAACAGUGAGUGACAGUGCUAGUGGCCAGAAUGCCCGAAAUAUGCAAACCCAUUGAUGCAGUGAUAGUGCACUGAAAGAAACAAAAAACAAAAGCAAAAAACGAUCUCCUUUUUGAUUUUCCUUUUUACGAACGCGUCCCCCGCACGCGUUGCCUUUUCCAUCGGUGCAGCGUACCCAAGCCGGCAACAUAACGGCGCAACUAUUGAACAGCUUCCUGAAGGGUAGCCCCCACCAGACCACCAUUGACAUCAUGCAGAAGCUCUACGCGGAGCCGCCGCCCAGCAGUGCUCCCGUGAGCAUGGCCAGCUCCGGCGGUCCUGCGUCGGGUGGCGGUGGCGGUGGCGGCGGCGGAGGACCACCUCCACCCGGCAGCCAAAACAAUCCAAAUCCCACAAGCAACGGCGGUGGGAGCAUGAGCCCCUUGGCCAGGUCCGCCUACACGAUGAACAGCAUGGGAUUGCCGGUGGGCGGAAUGUCCUCAGUGUCGCCCCAGGCGGCAGCCACCUUUGGAUCCAGCGUCUUGGACUCGGCAGCGGCUGUGGCCAGCAUGAGCGGCAGCAUGGGUGCCGCAGCCAUGAACUCCAUGGGCGGCAACUGCAUGACCCCCAGCUCGAUGAGCUAUGCCAGCAUGGGUUCCCCGCUGGGAAACAUGAGCGGAUGCAUGGCCAUGUCGGCGGCCAGUAUGUCGGCGGCGGGAUUGAAUGCCACCUAUGGCGGUAUGCCGACGGGAUCGCGGGACAUGGAGACGGGAUCGCCCAACUCUCUGGGGAGAUCGCGCGUAGAUAAGCCCACCACCUACCGCAGGAGCUACACGCAUGCCAAGCCGCCGUACAGCUACAUCUCGCUGAUCACGAUGGCCAUCCAGAACAACCCGACACGGAUGCUGACGCUCUCCGAGAUCUAUCAGUUCAUCAUGGACCUGUUCCCGUUCUACAGGCAGAACCAGCAGCGCUGGCAGAACUCCAUCCGGCACUCGCUGAGCUUCAACGACUGCUUCGUGAAGAUCCCGCGGACGCCGGACAAGCCCGGCAAGGGCUCCUUCUGGACCCUGCACCCGGACUCGGGGAAUAUGUUCGAGAACGGCUGCUAUCUGCGUCGGCAGAAGCGCUUCAAGGACGAGAAGAAGGAGGCCAUCAGGCAGCUGCACAAGAGUCCGUCGCACAGCAGCCUGGAGGCGACCAGUCCGGGCAAGAAGGACCACGAGGAUUCGCAUCACAUGCACCAUCACCACCACAGUCGGCUGGAUCACCAUCAGCACCACAAGGACGCGGGUGGCUCCUCGAUCCCUGGUGUGGGAGUUGGCGUGGGAGUGGGAGUCAAUGUGCUGAGCGCGGCGCAUAGCAAGGACGCAGAGGCUCUGGCCAUGCUGCAUGCCAACGCGGAGCUGUGCCUCAGCCAGCAGCCCCAGCAUGUGCCCACGCAUCAUCACCACCAGCACCACCAGCUGCAGCAGGAGGAGUUGUCGGCCAUGAUGGCGAAUAGGUGCCACCCGUCGCUGAUCAGCGACUACCACUCGUCGAUGCACCCGCUGAAGCAGGAGCCCUCCGGCUACACGCCCUCCAGCCACCCGUUCUCCAUCAACCGCCUGCUGCCCACGGAGUCGAAGGCGGACAUCAAGAUGUACGACAUGAGCCAGUACGCCGGCUACAACGCGCUCAGUCCGCUGACCAACACACACGCUGCCUUAGGCCAGGACUCGUACUACCAGAGCCUCGGCUACCAUGCGCCCGCCGGCACCACGAGCUUGUGACACCACCAGUACCCGCUGGCUUAAGGACGCGCGGAGCAGAUGCUGCGCUCGCAGCAGCAACAGCACUUGCAGCAGCAGCAGCACCACCAGCAGCAGCAGCACCAGCUGCAGCAGGCGCAGCAGCAGCAACAGCAGCAGCAGCAGCAGGCGCAGCAGCUGCAGCAGGCGGCGCAGCAACUGACAUCCGCUUCAAACACCACAUCAGCGGCAGCCAAGGCCAGCGGCAAGGCGGGAUCGGGCUCAGGAUCGGGAGGCUCAGGCUCCGGCUCUGGUUCGGCAUCCGGUUCAGGAUCGGGAUCAGGGGGCUCCAACUACACACAGAAGCUACUCCAGCAGCAGCAACAGCAACAACAACAGCAGCAACAACAGCAGCAGCAACAACAGCAGCAGCAACACCAGCAACAGCAGCAAUUGCUGCACAGCCAGCUGGCGGCAGAGCUCCAGGAGGACUCCUCGAACAUCACCAGCGACCUAAGCGAGGAGCAACUGCAGCAGCACCAGGCGGCGCAGCAGCAGUUGUACAACAACUACCAGCAGUACGCCGCGGCGGCCGGCUACCGGAACUGGAAUCACAGCCUCACCUUCAACGGAGCCGCCGCCCUGCAGAACCUGCUGUAGCUGUAGCCCCCAAGUUGGCCCUCGGAGCGGGAGUGGGAGCGGGAGCGGAGUGGUAUCACCAUCUCCUCCAUCCGUCCGCCCGCCAAUUAGCGAGUGCCGUGCCAGCGGCUUUUAGCACCUGGGCGCAUCCUUUGAGCACGUGAGUUGGCCGCCUCGCACCUGUACAUAGAGCGAUCGAGGUUCGGGUUAGAGUUUUGAAUGUGUCCACAGAGGUUGAGAUUGAUUGGACCGACAGUAUCUUUUGUAGGAUGUAGAGUAUCUUAUAAAUACUUUUUUAAAAUAUUUAAACAUCUAGAAAAUGUGUAAAUAUCCAAGAAAACUUUGAAAUCCUAGAGAUACUUCUAGGUUCAGUCUCCUUUCUGUGGAUUCAGUCGAAACUCUACCCCCAGGACCAAGCCCUUCUGUGGGGGUUAUUCGAGAAUCGAAAGAAAAAGUGAUGUAGUUGUAAGUGCAGCAGAACUUUUGUUAACAUUUUUAUGUUUUGCUAAUAUACAAACACAAAAAUAAUAAUUCCGUGCCAUUUGUUUUCGUUGUUUCGAAACAAGCAAUAACAAUCAAAGCGGUUAAAACUAAAAAUUUAAAGCAUUUUAAAUGUAUCACCAAUAGUGAGGGAGAGAGAGAGAGAGAGUAGGGAUCGUGUGUAAUGUCCUUUCAAAAGCCUAACUAAGCAGAUUCCAAGAGGAGAGAUACAAACACUAAAAACCUUUGUCCAAAGGCAAUCGCAAUCGCAAUCGAAUUCGAAUCGCAAAUGAUCAAAAACCAAAAAAUUCUACAAACUAAAAAAGCAUCGUAACGCCCAGCAAAAAACCCUAAGAAUCUUCAAAACUAUCUAAGCAACAAAAAUCUGGCCAUGCAUAUGUAGGAAACGUCGUUCUUACACUAUAUAAUUUAUCAUUUUUAUAUAUAUAUACGCCGAUAAGCCAGCAUUUCAUUUACAUUCUGUGUGUGUCUUCAGUUGUUGUACGAAUUCGUUAGUCUAAGGCAUUUUGUACAUAGUCUAUAAAUAGAUAUCUCUAAGCGAAGCCCCCAACAUAACUAACAUAAUGAGCCCAAUUGCAAGCAGCCACUUUUAACUAACUCGAGAAUUAAUCAAAUUGUAUGAAAUUAUGCCACAAAACCACAUGAGAGUAAAUAUAACAUAAAUAUAAAUAUUGUAUAGCAUUUAACAUUUAAUUAGCAUAAAUAAUGAAAGCGAAACACAGAAAAAAUGGAAA